AAUGAAAAGGCGCUGCGCCAAUGCAGCUAACAUAUCGUCGACAUUGCAUUCAGGAAAAUUUUGACCUGAGGGUUGUAACAUUGACGCACCGGUGCGGGCAAGCCAGUUACCAGGUGGGCGCAUAAACUCAACGACCAACCUCACCACCACAUGAACUGGAGCUGAAGGAGGCGGGAAUCUAGCGAGAUAUCUGCUCGGUGUUGUGAAGGAGACGCACCGAGUCAUAUUCGGAGUGGCUGCGCCGUCUCCUCCUCAACCCAACUCUUUAUCUCCUCUCUCUCUGUACAGCAACCGAAGAUGGCGUCCGCUAUAAAUCCUUCAACAACCCGUUCCGCCAUCCGGACUUUCGUUCGACACUACUCUGCCCCCGUUGACGCGACCAUCCCAGCGUCAAAGUUGAAAUAUGUACCCACGUCCGGCACCUACCCCAAAGGCUUCCGGGUCUCGGGAACCCAUGUGGGUGUGAAGCCGGCCAACAAGACUCAUCCCGACCUGGCCCUGAUCGCCUCUGACAAGCCCGCGUUCGGUGCCGCCGUCUUCACUACCAACAAGUUUCAAGCCGCGCCGGUCCAAGUGAGCAAAGCGGUGCUCGAGAAACGCAGCGGCACAGGACUGAGGAGCAUCGUCGUCAACUCUGGCUGCGCCAAUGCCGUCACCGGCCAGGGAGGCGUGGACGAUGCCUGGGCAAUGUCCCAGACAGCCUCUGCCCAGUUCCAACAGCCAUCCAACGCAGAAGAUGGCCACGGCGGCGCGAACAGCCUCGUCAUGUCCACGGGCGUGAUCGGCCAGAGACUCCCCAUCCAAAAGAUCCUGGCGAAGAUCCCCACCGCAUACCAAAACCUCGGCAGCGACCACGAAUCGUGGCUGACCACGGCCAAGGCCAUCUGCACCACGGACACAUUCCCCAAGCUCCUAUCCACGACAUUCACCUUGCCGGGUGCUGAACAUCAAGGCGUCGAGUACCGAUUGGCGGGGAUGACAAAGGGCGCGGGAAUGAUCCACCCCAACAUGGCCACGCUGCUGGGGAUCAUGUGCACAGACGCCCCGAUCAGCGCCGGAGCGCUGCAAUCGCUCCUGACCACCGCGGUGAACAAGUCGUUCAACUGCAUCUCCAUCGACGGCGACACCUCGACCAACGACACGGUCGCCAUCCUCGCGAACGGCGCCGCCGCCUCGCCCUCGUCGGCCCGCUCCCCGAUCUCCUCCCCCAGCAGCGCCGACUACCGCGCCAUGUCCUCCAUCCUGACGUCCUUCUCGCAGCGCCUGUCCCAACUGGUCGUCCGCGACGGCGAAGGCGCCACCAAGUUCGUGACGAUCCACGUGCGCAACGCCCUCGCCGAGGCCGACGCCAAGGCCAUCGCCUCCACGAUCGCCCGCUCCCCGCUGGUCAAGACGGCGCUGUACGGCAAGGACGCCAACUGGGGCCGCAUCCUCUGCGCGAUCGGGUACACGCCCAACAUCGCGCUCGCGAGCCCGGCCGAGUCGGUCGUCCCCUCGCGCACCAACGUCUCGUUCGUCCCGGCCGAGAACUCAAAGUCCAAGGCCGAGGGCGUCCUCAGGCUCUUGGUCGACGGCGAACCCCAGGCCGUGGACGAGGCGCGGGCCGCCAGGCUGCUGGAGGACGAGGAUCUGAUCAUCGACGUGGACCUGGGCGUCGGCCGCGAGGAAGGGUACUACUGGACCUGCGACUUCAGUCACGAGUACGUCACUAUCAAUGGGGACUAUCGCACGUAAGAGCGCACAGGGGAGAAACAACGUUUCGUACUUAUCCAGGACAAUGACCCCCCAUCAGCGAAAUCGUCGUCUCAUCACGUACGUAAUAGUAUAUAUAUCUAGGCCAUAUUAUUUCACGCCUCUAUCCAUUCCGCUGUUCCUCACUCAGUCUUCUCUCCCGCUCGCGCGCUCCAGCUCUCUCAAAAUCCAGCACUCGAAUCCCGCGAGGAUAACUUUCCUUGUCACUCCCCUUCUGGCCAUCGUUGAUGUUGCCAGCCAUGUUCCAACGACGGCACAGAGUGUGGAAAAGAAGCCUCAGGAGGUUUGAUCGGACGCGGGGGAAAGUCCCCAAGACACGUCGUAGCGAAGGUCUAAACGCAGAUCUCUCGAGGACCCAGGUAGACAUAUAUGCCCACCCAGCGAGCCAACAGCAUAUAUAGGUUGCAGAAGUCUUCAUACAGUACAAGUAGGGCCAGCUUGGCGGCGAAGGAGUCUGUACUAUACAAG